AACAUCUUCAUUUCAUCUGUAUUUACUUGCUUUUGUUGCAUUUUUCGUUUUUGAAUCUUGUCAUUCAUUAAAUCUUUAUUUUGAUACCCCUAUUGUAACGCAAUAUUAGUUUUAUAGGAAAAAUUGAGGGUUGGAGAUUGAAUCGCGAAUCCAUCAGAUUUUGAGGAAAGGAGUUUGAUCAAUCCAAGAAUUGAAACAACAAGACUUCAUUACGUCGCAUACAAAUGAUAUCGAAAAGGGAGAAUGUAUGAACCAGAAAUAAGAGAUUUUUCACCUGGGGGUAUAAACUCACCAUUAAGAACCGCGGGAUUUGAAUCGGAGGCAUUUCCUAGACUAAGCCAUGAACUCGAGCCUACAAUGUCUACUCAAUCUGCCCCAGACUCCAUGGCGGGACAAUCACCAGUUCGACGUCGCGCAACCCGUUCACGAACCAAUACCUUUCCCACUGUUGAUGUUUCGCCAAGUCAACCAGAAUGGCAUCCAGGACAAGAACCUGGUUUGGAUCCAUCUAAACCUUAUGGUGGUCGAACUGCUAGCUUCAACCUACACGAGGAUUGUCAAAUAACUCUUGUGGACUUCAGUCAAGAAAAAAUAGUCAAAAGAGAAUUCAAUAAUGAUGAAUUUGUUCGCUUCAUGGAUAUGGAACAAGAGGAGUGGAUUAAAUGUCGAUGGGUUAAUGUUAAUGGACUCAGUUGGGAUGUUAUACAAGCCAUUGGCAAGAAGAAGAAAUUACACAGAUUGGCAAUUGAGGAUAUGGUCAAUCUCAAUAAUAGGACAAAGGCAGAUUGGUAUACUGACCAUACUUAUGUCGUUUUGACAUUGCAAAAACUCGUCCAUUUACAUCCAGAUAAGGAUAGCGAUUCGGAAAGCGAUAGCGACGACGAACAAGAUAUAACACUGGAGGCUCCAAGGAAAAGGAAACGAGGACCAUUCCGUAAAGCGUUAUAUAAAUUCAUGAAACGGAGGAAUUCCAAUGUUACACCCAUCGAUGCGCUAGCCGGCGGUGUUCAUGAUACAACUAAGGAAUUUAUCACUGGGCAUACGGAUGGCGUACAAUCUUCCCCAGUGCAAAAAUUAAGGACUUUACAAAGAUAUCAUGGUGGCCCAAACCAAGAAAGAGCGGCACAUAUGGAGAAAAUUUCUCCUCUAACACAAAAGAAGUUGGCUGUUAGUGCUGAGCAGGUCUCGAUAUUCUUGACUGCCGAUAAUACCGUCAUUUCCUUCUUCGAAAAUUCAGCAGAUGACAUUGAAGAACCCAUCCUUCACAGAUUAAGCAAUUCUGAUACAAUACUUCGCAAAUCAUGUGAUGCAUCAAUGGUAAUGCAGGCCGUUAUCGAUGCUGUCAUUGAUCUUGCUAUACCUGUCACCUCCGCCUAUCAGGACAUCAUUGGUUCAUUAGAGCUAGAUGUCUUGACAAAUCCCAAUAUCAAACAUACAACAUCAUUAUACGUCGUUACUAGCGAAAUAACCACAUUACGCAACUUUAUCAAUCCAAUUGCUAACCUCAUCAAUUCUCUUCGAGAUCAUAAAAACGUUGGACCAAGAGGUGAUGUACAAAAGGCAGCAUCUGCUGUUAAGAUUAGUCAAAUGGCACAAACAUAUCUUGGAGACGUUGAAGAUCACAUCGUAUUAAUUACAGAAUCUUUGGAUCAACUUCGACGAAACGCUGAUGGAAUGAUUGAUUUAAUCUUCAAUACCAUCUCAGCAUAUCAAAAUGAGUCUAUGAAACAACUGACAAUUGUCACUAUCAUUUUUCUGCCGUUAAGUUUUUUGACAGGUUAUUUUGGAAUGAAUUUCACCGAUAUGCCAAGUAUAGAACAUAACGAGAAAUAUUUUUGGCAAAUAGCUUUACCUGUUGCUUUUGUUGUUAUUUUAUUCUUAAUGAGGGAUAUGAUUGUUUGGUGGGUCAAGAGAACAAUCCAGAGGAGGGGAAUAUCGAGAAGUAGAAAGGGCAGGGAGAGAAGAGAGAGUAGACAGAGAGGAAUGAAGGAAAAGAGGAAUAGAUGA